GUAGAAAGUGAAUGCCUUAACCUUACACUGGCGAUAGCAUCACUAACUACUGCAAAUUUGUCAAAAGAUGAAUUUGUGAAGCCAAGUAACGUUGUCAUCUCCGGUGCAACAACCGCCAAUUCAUUGUUCUUAUAGCAAGACAUUAUAUGUUGCAGCUUUGCAGAAUGGCAUACGUGUUCUGACAAUUGAUGAUAUUUCCAAACAGUUUCUUACCUCAUUCAUUAGAACAAGCGUGCGCAGCCUUCUCCUAUCAUCGCAGCUAUUGUGCGGUACAACCACUGUUAUAACAAUGUCCAUUUCUUUCUGUUGAGAACGUUUUUUUUCCAUGCAAAGAAAUAUUGGAACACUUUUUCUUCUGAAAAAAAAAUCCCAAAUAAUAAUAACAACAAGUUUCAUUGCUAUUUGUGUUGCUUCGUUUGAAAGUCUACUGAGAUACCAAAAUAUGAAAGGAAAUACGCGUAAUAGUUAUGAUGUGGAGGCAGGAGGAGACAAAAGUGUUCACGCUGAGGAAAUGGUGGACAUGGUCGGCCUUGAGGACGGCGCGGAACGUUCCCACACCGAGGACAUGCAACCGACCAAAGUGACGUCAGUUCUACUGGGAUGUCGUCAAAAUGUAAUCUCCUGUUGUUCCACACACAAACGAGCCGUGUCAAACGUUCUGCAACUCCUGUUUUUCAUUGGACUUUGUGUAUAUCUCGGGUUUGCCUUCCAUCAUUCUUUCGGUGAUGAACAGUCUGUGACGCUAUUGGCAGUGUCAUGUGUGCUUACUGUGGCCUGUCUGUACUCCAAGUUAUCUCCUAACGUGGGGAUGGCGGCUAGGAAGGCUUGCUCCUCCAUCUCAAGUCCAUUCUCGCCCAAAACAAAAUCAAGGAUAUAUUGGAUAGCUCUUUCCUUGAUGAUGACGUCACUGGUGCUGUACGUCCUGGUGGACACAGCCCUGAGUCGACCCCGGAACCUGAUCUCGGCGCUGGGAGUGCUGGUCUUUGUGGCCCUCAUGUUCUGUCUUUCUAAGGACCCGGGAAAGGUGCGCUGGCGGCCCGUAGUAUGGGGCUUGCUUCUGCAGUUUGUCUUCGGCCUGCUCGUUCUUCGGACACGCUGGGGUUACGCCAGUUUUCAAUGGCUCGCUGACCGCGUCACUGAGUACUUGGACCAUACAGACAAGGGGACAAGCUUCGUCUUCGGCAAGAGCUAUGGAGACCAUUUCUUUGCUUUCAGGGUGAUGUCCACCAUCAUUGUGUUCAGCUCUACCAUCAGCGUGCUCUACCACCUGGGCGCCAUGCAGAUCGCCAUUGACGCCAUCACACACAUAAUCAGGGUCAGUCUGGGUACAGGACCUAUGGAGACGCUGCACGCCGCUUUCAACAUCUUUGUCGGAUGGGCGGAGACAAUCCCUGUUGUAAAACCACUGCUGGACCAGAUGACCAAGUCAGAGCUACACGCCAUCAUGACCAAUGGAUUCUCCACAGUCUCCGGUGGCGCGAUGGCCGCCUAUAUACUCUAUGGGGCGCCAGCCAACCACCUGAUCUCUGCCUCUUUUAUGUCUGCCCCUGCUGCUCUGGCGAUGGGAAAACUGUUCUACCCAGAGAAUGUUCCAGGUCGACGAAAACAGAAGGCGCCGGUUAUACCCAGAUCAACAAGUGGUGUGAUCGAGGCGGCCUCUGCCGGGGCCGUGAGUGCCAUACCUCUCAUCGCCUACAUCCUGGUCCAUGCCAUAGCCUUCCUCUCCAUCUUGGACUUCAUCAACGAUACCCUGGCCUGGCUCGGAGCGCGGGUCGGCAUCGCACCGCCAAACUACCCGGUGCUCUCAUUUCAGUUCAUCAGCUCUUACUUAUUGUGGCCAGUGGCCUUCCUGAUGGGCGUGGUACCGGACGACUGUCGCGUAGUGGCCCGGAUGUUGGGUGUCAAGGUGUUUGUGAAUGAGUUCCUUGCCUUUGAGGACCUUGGCAAGGUACGCUCUAACAACGUAGCUCUCUUGAACUACACAACAGUUUUGCCAAAUGCAACUUGGUCGUGGACACAAACUGAUGACGUCAUCCUGGACAUGUCUGGUCUCGUCCUGAAAGGUGGUGUAAUGUCUGAGCGGUCAGCGACCAUCGCCACGUACGCCUUGUGUGGGUUCUCUGACCUCCUCGCCCUGGGCAUGAUGGUUGGUGCCCUGACUGCUGUGACGUCACAUAGGAAACGUGACGUCAUUGAUGUGGCUCCUCGGGCGCUCUUCUCUGGGGUCAUGGCGUGUUUUCUCACUGCGGCCAUGUCAGGCCUGCUGAUUGACUGACUCUUGCUACUUGAGAUGAGUUGCAGCUGGUCAUCUUUGGGAAGCACACGAUAACACCUCACAUUUUUUGCCUUUUGAAAUUUGUACCGUAUUUUAAAAAACAUCGUUAUUGUCAGCUAGUAUUUUCUCAUCGUUGUUGUUCUUUUACAUCAAGUAAAUAAAAAAAUGAAAUUAAAUAAAUUAAACAGAAAC